UCACGAUACAAAACGAAGCUGAAGGAGGUAAAAGGAGGAGUGAUCACGUGAUAGCGCUCCGAGUGCGUGAAGCCCGAGAUCCUCCUCGCGUCGCAUCGUUGGUAUCAUCAGGAUAACAAACACACCAACACCAACACCGAUGACCAAACGUACUUACCAAGCCCAAUUUGAGCUUCCGUGAAGCGCAGUCCCACAGCCAAAACCCAUCAUGGUCUUAUGGCGCCGCUUUUCGAACCCCUACUCAUCGCGCUCGUUAGGACAUGACGGCACCGCGUGGUUCGUCAUGUCCGCUUUACCCAGCUUAUUGCUUUCGUGAUUCUCCCACACAUUUUUCUUGGGUCAAGUUGUCUGUUGCGGACAUCCAUCAUCUCCGCGCCGUGUCCGGUUUUCAAGACCAAGCGGUAUAUUUCUACAACAACCACCCUGUUCAAUUCGUCCGCGUCGUCGGCCUGGUCGUUGCGAUUAGCGACCCUGCGCCGAACCUCCUCCUGCUAACGAUUGACGAUGGAUCUGGUGCAACGAUUGAGGUGAAGAUCCCUAACCGGAUUCCUGCCACCGCAAUCGGCGAGCCGAAUGAUUUGGAGAAUGUGAUGGUCGAACGUCCCCAGAUGGGUGUCCCUCGCAUUACGGUCGACUCGGUAGAACUGGAUAUUGGUACGGUCGUCAAGGUUAAAUGCACUAUCGAUUGUUUUCGGCGUGUCAGGCAGUUGAUAUUGAAACGAAUGAGCAUUAUUGGAACUACGGCGGAGGAAGUUGCCGCCUGGGAUGAAAUGUGUCUAUACCGAUCCCAAGUACUCGAUCAACCAUGGGUUGUCUCUUCUGAGCGACAAGCGAAGUUGGAACGUCGAGCUCGACACAAAGAACGACAACGGAUUCGGGAGCAGCUCCAGAAUCGAGGUCAAAGGAACCCACUGGCCCCACGAGCUACAAACGGCUCCCUUGGCAAGAAGAGACCAGGUGAAACGACAUACGAUGCUAGCCAGGAGAAGGAAUGGAACCGUAUGGAGGAAGCGGCGCAGUUGAAUCAAGGCGCGCUAAUAUGAGAUUGAGACCAGGGCAGAUUCUUUGGGGACUUGGAAGGUGGCAACUGGAUGUAUGUUAUUAUAGUCUAAUGGGUUCAAGCCUUUUAAGGAUGCAAU